AUGCCGCCUGUGACAACCUUUCCUCCUCCCAAAGACAUCUUCGACGACGAUGACGACGACGGCUGGCAGGAUAUGCCAAUUAUCCGAGAGGACACGUCUCUCAGCGGCAUGGACGAGGAAGACCAGAAGAGGUACCAUUACCAGCCAUCAGCCAAAGGGAAGACUGCGGCGAAUGCGACGGGCAACCUCAUAGAUGUCGAUGAUGAAGGCCACGAAUGGCGCUCUAAGAUCGAGCAGAACGAGAGCGAUUACACCCGUCUUCGAGGGACCGAGGAGGCGGACGUUGACGAGGUCCACCUGCGCACGCGAUAUCUCUUCGACGAAGACAAGGCCAUGACUCCUCUCAGCCAGAUGCAAGCGACGAAGAAUCUGCUAACGGAGGCUCAGCGAAUCGCUUACGUCGGUCUGUGCGCUUUGACAAGUAGAGAAAUGGUGCAAAGUCUGAAGACGGUACAUCGUAAGGAGCUGAAGCAUUCGAUCACAAACAUGGAAUUAUGGGCUCUCAAGAUCAUGGGUCGCCUUUACUAUCACAUGGAGCUCGAGACUCAGGAGCAGAAGAUGAUUGAGAGUCUUGCAGAACACGGGGUUCUCGCAAGCGAUCUCGUCCCGGCGCUGAUGACCACUCAUACCGUCGCCAAUCCGGAAUACGAUCCAGAGGAGGCGCGAAGAAAAGCUGAGGACGUGCUCCACCAUGACGAGUCGGAUGAUGAAUCAAUCUCAGAUCAGACGCUUGUCGACGAGCCUCUGCCUAAAGCCAGCGAACCUUCACCUAAAGACCAAGAAGAGGAACGAAGUACGACCCCUACCCCUCCCCCUGCAGCCGCCCACGGUUCCGACGACGACACCCAAACUAUCCACGCCCCAGAGAACCCCAAUCCGUCGGCUAUGUCUCCGUCAGCAUCCGCCUCCUCUGUUAAGCAAGUUCCGACCACAACGAAAGUGCUGAAGGACUCAGAGACUGCCGCCAUUCCCGGAGUUUCGACAUCACUAUCAUCAACCGACGAAAAUGUUACCUUGGAUAUACGAUGGACCGUUUUAUGCGAUCUCUUCCUCGUCCUGAUCGCAGACAGUGUAUAUGAUGCACGCUCGCGAGUGUUGCUUGAGCAGGUCGCGUUUAAGAUGGGUCUUGGGUGGCUGGACGUUGUCAAAUUUGAGAGUCGAGUGACGGAGGCUCUGGAGAUCCAGGAGGACGUAGAAACCCUAGAACAGCAAGAAUUAGUGGAAGGAGCACGUAAGGCUGGAAAGAAGAGACGAUACAUGAUGCUUGGUUUGGCUACCAUUGGUGGUGGUCUUGUCAUCGGUCUGUCGGCUGGUCUAAUGGCUCCUGUUAUCGGCCUUGGUCUGGCCGGAGCCCUUACAACCGUUGGAGUUUCAGGAACAGCAGCAUUUCUGGGCGGAACGACUGGCGCAGCGGUUAUCACGACCGGCGGUGUGCUGACUGGUUCAAGUAUUGCCGUACGUGGGAUGGUCAAGCGAACGCAACAGGUUCGAACAUUUGAAAUUCUGCCGCUUCACAACAACAAACGGGUAAACUGCAUUCUGACCGUACCUGGGUUCAUGAAUGGCAUAAAUGAUGAUGUACGGCUGCCGUUCAGCGUGCUGGAUCCUAUCGUCGGAGAUGUGUUCAGCGUGCUCUGGGAACCCGAGAUGAUAAGGGAGACGGGUACGGCGCUAUCGAUCCUCACGGGAGAGGUAUUGUCGCAGAUUGGUAUGACGGUGCUCCAGGCCACUGUGAUGACGGGUUUGAUGACGGCUCUGCAAUGGCCAAUCAUCCUGACCAAACUUGGAUACCUCAUCGACAAUCCGUGGAGCAACGCUCUCGACCGCGCUAAGGGUGCAGGCAAAGUCCUCGCUGAUGUCCUCAUCAACCGUCAUCUUGGUGUUCGGCCCAUCACGCUCAUUGGAUUCUCGCUCGGAGCCCGGGUCAUAUUCUACGCUCUCCUCGAGCUCGCCAAGCAGAAGCAGUUCGGAAUCGUACAAGACGUCUUCCUGCUAGGCGCGACUCUGACCGUCUCGCAGAGCCUCUGGUGCGACAGCCGUUCGGUUGUCUCUGGUCGAUAUGUCAACGCCUUCGCGAGAAACGACUGGGUCCUGAAUUACCUGUUCAGAGCAACGAGUGGAGGUGUUGGUACGGUGGCUGGUUUGCGACCUGUAGAAGGUGUGCCUGGGUUGGAGAACGUAGAUGUAACGGACAAGAUUGCUGGGCAUAUGAGCUACCGGACGUUCAUGCCCUUGAUCUUGGAUCAGCUUGGGUUUCCUGUGUUCUCGGAUUACUUCGAUGAGCCAGUGGAACCUGAUUUUACCGAAGAUCGCAUCGUCGUUCGCGAGGAGGAAGAGAAGAAGAAAUCGGGCUGGUUCUCGCGGAAGAAGAGUAACACAACACCGCAGAAGCAUGUCUCUCGACCACCAUCUACAUCAACCUUCGCUAAUUUCAAGAAGAGUGACCUGCCUGGUGCCAACGGCUCGCCUCUGAAGGGACCUCCGGCCACCGCACCUGCAGACGACGCAGACGACGACCUUCCACCACGCCUGGGUACACCGACCGGGUCGGCUCAUGCAUCGCCGAAAGUCACACCCCUGUCGCUACCAGGCUCUGGCAGGAAUACACCCACACCUUCACGACCCUCGACACCUUCAUCGUCGACUUCUCAUCUCCCAUUGCGCGCCGGAUUCGAUCUUGCAGCGAUUAAGAACGUCCUCGAUGAAGUUGAACACGGCGCUGACACUCCUUCGACAGCCAAACCCCCUUCUCGUCUUGCUCCGCCUCCGAUUGCACCACCUUCCACAAGGUCUCAAUCAACACCACCAACCCAGGUUCAGGGAGCUAAUUCGCAUCCUCGAGCGUCAUCUUUGGACCUGGAGUAUGGAUUCGUGACCGCACCGUCGUAUUCUGUGGAAGAGAGAGGUCCCAAGACCGUUGGCUCCACUCCUCGAGAGGACGGAGUGCCUGCAUUUGGACGCUCCUCCGACUUCUCUUCCGCCUCCCCAUCUUCUGCAUUUGGCAGGCCGAGUGCCUUUGACGACGGAUACGCAGCUCGACCUACGACAACCACAAGUUCAUUCUCUGCUCUUCCUGACGACGUCCUCCCAGCUUGGGAUGCCUCGAAUGUGAGCCUCUCUCCUGCCACAGAGUCCCCCGCGACUGCCCGACCUUUCAACACACUCCCAUCCAUACCUUCUCUGCCGACCAUGCCCAACCCAUUUGCUACCCCUGCAACGUCAAUGGUCAUGCCUCCCUCAAUACCCACAUCCCAGUUUGCUUCCACACCCGGGCUUUCGUUUGGCGAUGCCAAUGGAUCGGUGACGUCUUCGGUAACAGUAGGUAGUGCACCACAGUGGUUGAUCCCUCCUCUUGGUGCACCGAGAAAGAAGACGACGAUGGAUGGUUUCACCGCUAAUCCGUGGUCAUGA